AUGGCACCUACGAGGGAAGCUGAUCCCCAUGUCUCCAGGACCUCCCGUGGACUUGGACUCGAACUUGUGAGACAGUUAGCUAGAUCCCCUACGAAUCGUGUCAUUGCUGCCUGCCGCAACUCCGACCGCGCGACCGCGCUGCACUCACUUACGAGCGGGGCGAAGGGCGAUCUACAUGUUCUGGAGCUGGACGUCGGCGACCCCGCGUCGAUCCGGGACUCGGUCAAGACUGUCGAACACAUCCUCGGGGACAGCGGCCUGGACUACCUCUACAACAAUGCCGGCGUUAACGCCAAGAUCGACGACGCGUUCGGCUUGGAUUGUGGAGACUUUAUGAAGGCGCUCGAGAUCAACGUCGCGGCGCCUGCGCUCCUGGCCCAGGCGUACCUCCCGCUGAUCGAGAAGAGUCAGCGCAAGGUCAUCGUCAACGUCUCGAGUCGAUAUGGGAGUGUCUCUCUGGAUCGUGGCCCGACAUGGCCCGUGUACAGCAUCACAAAAAGUGCGCUCAACAUGCUGACAUAUAAGCAAGCCAAAGCAAGACCCGACUUGAUCGUAAUAUCGCUUGCGCCGGGGUGGGUGAAGACGGACAUGGGAGGUCCCAACGCCGCACUUGAGCCCCAUCAAAGCGUUGAGGACCAGCUGAGAAUUGUUACGGGCUUGACACCGCAAGACUCUGGAAAGUUCUUCAACCAUACUGGAGAGGUUUAUCCGUACUAG